AUUUCAGUUCUAAUUCAAUCAUUCUUAGGUUCAUAGGCGUUGUGUGCAGGAUUGCAUUAAUUGAAAUGUCAAUUCCUUCUAUUACCUUCAACAAUAGUAAAAAGUGUCCUGCAUUAGGUUUGGGAUCAUGGCUGUCGAAACCAGAAGAAAUAACAGAGAUUAUCAAACUAUCUAUCGACAUAGGCUAUCGCCUUUUUGAUUGCGCAUGGCUUUAUGGGAACGAGAAAGAGAUAGGAGAAGGUCUACGAGCCAAAAUUGAAGAUAAGGUUAUCACUAGAGACGAUAUCUUCGUUGUUACCAAAUUAUGGAAUACUUUUCAUGAACAGCAGAAAGUGGUGCCAGCCUGUAAGGAAUCCCUAAAAAACUUCGGUUUAGACUACGUCGAUCUCUACCUCAUCCACUGGCCUUGUGCGCAAGAAGAUGUUGGCAAGGUUGACUUCCAACUUCCUUUCAAAGACGCAGUGUAUUCCGAAUAUGAUAUUGUUGAAACUUGGAGAGGAAUGGAAGAAUGCGUGAGACUUGGGCUGGCAAAAAGUAUCGGCUUGUCCAAUUUCAAUAGUAAACAAGUCCAGAAGAUUGUUGACAAUGCGAAGAUCCAACCAGUGGUGAAUCAAAUUGAGGUGAACAUAUUUCUGAAUAAUAAAAAGCUGAUAAAGUUUUGCAAGGACAGAAACAUUCAAAUAAUGGCCUAUAGUCCUUUGGGAUCUCCAACACGACCAUGGAUGAAGGAAAGCGAUCCUAUUGUUCCUCUGGAUCAUGAUAAAAUAGCAGCAAUUGGUAAAAAAUACGGCAAAACUUCGACACAGGUUAUCCUGCGUUACAUUUAUCAAUUAGGUACUGUACCAAUCCCGAAGUCCUCAAACCCUGGCAGACUGAAGCAAAAUUUCGAAAUCUUUGAUUUCAAACUAACGGAUGAUGAGAUGGAUGUGAUGGACAGUUUCAAUUGCGAUUUGAGAAUGUGUCACGCUGAAGAAUUACUUGGUUCUCCUGAGUAUCCAUUCAAAGGAGUGGAGUUCUGAAAUGCAUUUGUAUUUUCAAUUCGUCUACGUGUGAAAAUUAAAAUUGAAACUCUUUU